UCAUGAUCAUGGCUCCCGUGUUUCCAAUCGCCAAGCAAGUGCAAUAGGGCUCUGGCCUCUCAAGUUUCAGAAAAAGCGGCGGAUAAGCGACCUUCAGGCUGACUGACUUUAAUACCGAGCCUGUAGACAUUACAAUACUCCAAGCCAAAAUCUAUUCAAGUUUUACUUAUAUCGUACAUACAUAGGUAAAAAGUGCUCUAUAGAGUUUUUCCUGAGCAUAUAGCCGACUCUAGGACUGCUACUCUUUCAGACAUUCCCCAAUAAAACACCCUCUUCACAGUCGACAGCGCCUGUAACACAACUGCGAACAUGUCAUACUCACCACCCAGCUCCGCAAAACCCUUCACCCUCAACAUCCCCGACGAAGACAUCGAAGACUGGCGCCAACUUCUCAGACUCUCCAAGCUUGCACCUGAGACAUGGGAAAGCUCCCAGGAAGACCGCCGGUACGGAGUGACGCGCAAAUGGCUCGCAGAAACGAAAGACUACUGGCUUAACACUUACUCAUGGCGCGACGAAGAGAAGCAUAUCAACUCGUUUCCUAACUAUCGCAUGCAAAUUGACGGCGUCGACCUGCACUUCGUUGCCCUGUUCUCUGAAAAUAAGAACGCUGUUCCCAUCCAAUUCUUGCACGGCUGGCCAGGUUCAUUCAUCGAAUUCUUGCCCAUGCUCUCACUCAUCCAAAAACAGUAUCCCUCUGCCAAAGACCUACCCUACCAUAUCAUCGUGCCAUCACUGCCUGGUUACACGCUCUCAACACGCCCCACCCACCGCGAAUUUACUAUAGACGAGAGCGCCGCCGUGCUCAAUCAGCUGAUGGUAAACCUGGGAUUCUCGAAAUACAUUACACAGGGUGGAGAUGUAGGGUCGUACAAUGCGCGCGUCUUAGCACAGAACCAUAAGGAAUGCGUGGGAAUCCACCUGAACAUGUUGACAGUGCAGGACCAGCCUGACCAGAGCAAACUGACCGAUCUCGAGAAGACGGCGAUCAAGUCGGCGAGAGCAUGGCGUCAGACAGGUAGCGCGUAUGCGCAGGAACACGGCACCAGACCGAGCACGAUCGGGAAUGUCUUGAGCUCAAGUCCGCUGGCGCUGCUUGCAUGGAUUGGCGAGAAAUUCCUCGAAUGGUCCGACACCGACCCAGAUCUCUCCCACAUCCUCACCAACAUCUCCCUCUACUGGUUCACGUCCUCGAUCCUGACCUCGCUGCAACCCUAUCGCCAGCUGCACGGCCAGUCCGGUAUUUCAUUCGUCUACAUCGAAAAGCCCGUCGGCUUCUCGUUUUUUCCGUAUGAGCUGUUUCCCGGCAUCAAACACGUCCUGGACAAGGGCGCCAAUAUUGUCACAUACGAGCAGCAUGAGAGCGGUGGCCAUUUUGCGGCGCUGGAGAAGCCGAAGGAGCUCUGGAGCGAUGUGGAGAAGUAUGUGGAGGUUGUGUGGGGAAAGGUAUGAGGGUCUCGCGGGUGGGGAAUCGAAGCUGUAGUGAGUGCUACCUUGUGUGCACUUCCUAAGUAUAGGAAGACUGCUCGCUGAUUGACGAAUUCGAAUUGGAAAGGGCUUCAGCGCAGAACGGUAUUGUGCAUACGUUGCGCUGUGAUCAUCAAAUUGAAGUUUCGAGGCUGUUUCGAGGCUGUGCAUACAUAUGGAGGGAGUAAUCUGGGAUCAUCUUUGGGAAUCAU